AACAACGAGAAAGCAGUGCAGUGCAGUGCAGUCCACCUCAGCCAUCGACAUUUAAUUCUUCCCCUCGGCAAGCGCGAUUGAGCCACCAGCCGAAAGCCGACUAGCUCGCAACGGGUGCUCCCUUCCAGCUCGCUCGCUCAUUCUCUCACAACGACCUCGUUCUCAGGAAUCUCCAGCUCAGUCAUCAUCGGUUAGUCAGCCUUCGAACCUCGACUCCGAAGCAGCACGAUCCCGGGACUGGUCAGGAUCGAGCAUCGCCGCCGUCGGUCUUGUUGUCGAUAAGACGACACCCCGGGUGAUUGAAGAGAGUGUUGCCUACGCGUGGGAUUACAGCAGAUAGAAGGGCGAAGUCGAGUUCGUUGUAGCGCGAAGAAGUGAACAGCGAGGAAGCUUCGGCGCAUCGGAAGAGAGAGAUUGCGACAACGGGAUCGAGACCAACACUGAGCGUUGUCCGACUCCACGACGCGCUUCGGUCGAUCGCCUACGGACAGCGUCUGCUGCGCGAACAUGCAACGUGCUCAGCAAGAGCCGCCUCUCGAGAUGAGUUUGCGAGAGCACCUCCUGGCCGCCAGCCAGAACACCAACGCCGCUCCAGCACCAUACCCUCCUCCAGGACCCACACAGGCGCAGAGCCAUGAGAUGCCCUACCAACGCUCCGAAGGCAGUCCGCAUGAGCAACAUCAUCAUCUCGAUCCCAACGUUACCGGCCAGCAGAUGCCAUACGGAAUGGCUGGUGAUGGCAUGGAUGAUGGGAUGGGUCCAAACUCAGCUAAGGGCAAGAGGGAGCUGUCGACGAGCAAGCGUGCUGCGCAGAAUCGAGCUGCUCAGGUAUGUUGGAAGCUCAUCGAGUAUGUAACAGCGCCUCACUAA